AGACCUGCCUGAGCGUGCCCUAGCAGUGCCUCCCACAUCCAGGCCUUGAGGUGUGCCCAUGAGGGCAGUGCACGUGAUGGUAACUUCUUGUGGGUGUUUGCUUGUAGUUGUGGACACAGAGAGUGCUCUUUCAGCCCCUGAGCGAGGGGCAGAUACCGUGCUGACUCCGAGCUGGUACCUCAAGCGUGAGUAGUCAGUCUGUCCUGCCUUCACAAAAAGGAGCGCCCCUUUUCCCUGUUUUAUUCACGAGAAAAAUACCGUCAUAGGUUAACGUGCUUUUGUAAAUCUAACAAUAGGGAUGAACGAUGACAAGGUUCCUGAAGAGUUCCCUGAAGGAUUGCCGGAUGUUCCAGAGGAGCUCCUGGCAGCCUUGCAUGAAGCCCCGUCUGAGACAGAUUCUGAGACUGUGCCAGAGACCUUAGCUGUGGAAGAAAGUGACAUUGUGCCAGGCUCACAUGAAAAAAUAGAACCAACAGAGGACACCAGGACACUUGCUGAGCCUGAGGAAUAUUCAGGGUCAUCCGGUGGGCAAAAAGCCGAGACUGCUGGACACUGUGACCCGAGCAAGUACUACAUCCUAGUAGGGACAGUAGCAGCCUCAGCUUUGCUUCUGCUUGGGGCAGUGUCUGGCUAUCUAGUCAUGCAUCAGCUGCUGAAGAGAGACAGGAGGAGCCAGGAGGACAAAGAGGCAACAGGACAGGACUGGGACUCUUCCUGGGAAAGCUGUGGUCAGCCUAGAGGUGAAGCAGAGCCAGGAGAAGGAGCGGGAAGCGGCGAGAGAGCCCAAGGCAACGGGUUCAGGGACAGCUGCCGCCUGUUUCCUGAGCUCUUUGCAGCAGAGCUUGCCCGGCUGUACAAGAACAUGAGCGCAGACCAGUCACCUCUGCCCACCUGCUCCUUCUGUGCUCUGGCUGACAACGCCUCUUCACGGGACCACUGGAUUUCCCUGGAGUCACCUCAGCCCACAGCAUCCUCUUGGCCCUCCUACCAAUACCUGCAGGACUACUAUCUGUUAGAGGAUGAUGAUUAGUGAUAGUGAUAGCCAUAAAUAGUGAUAGUGAUAGCCAUAGAUAGUGAUAGUGGUAGUGAUUCUUUUAGUGAUAGUGAUAGAGACAGUUGAUAUUAGAGGGUGGUGGUUGUUUUAAUGAUAGUGAUAGUUAAUAUUAGAGGAUAGUGAUGGUUUUAAUGAUAGCGUUAGUUAAUAUUAGGGGAUAGUGAUUGUUUCAAUGAUAGCGUUGUUUGAUAUUAGAGGACAGUGAUUGUAUUAGCGAUAGUGAUAGUUAAUAUUGGAGGAUGGUGAUUGUUUUUGUGAUAGUGGUACAUUUAGUGAUAGUGAUACUUGGUAUUUGCAGACAAUGAUUGUUUUCUUGAUCUUGAUAAAUAAAUAUUUUUCCAAAAGCAGUAAA